CAUGUCACCCUGCGCUAAAAAACAAAUGAAGUAAUAGCUUGUAUUUGGCGGGAAAGAGUUCGGAACAACAGAAGUUUUGUUUUGUUCAAAACAUUAAACAAGCAAUGGCUGAGGCACGGGUGAGGAAGUUAGUGUCGACCACAUUUAAACUAAAUGGCUUUUCCAUUCUGAGUGAUGCAGCGUCAUUCCUGGUGUCACAGCUAAUGCCAUUUGAAGAAAGAGAAAGAGAAGAAUGGCUGGAUAAAAUUGUAGAACAUAUUCAAAAACAAUGUCUGGAAACAACGAAUAUUGGAAAGGACAACAUUGAGCUAGCAAUACAUGAGUGCAUCAGGAGUGGAGCGGAGGAAUCUGAAACCAUACUCACAGUUAUAAAUGCAUUUGAAGUUCCUCGCUUUGAAUAUAACCAAGAAAGAAAGAAGUUUUUUCAAAAAACCACCCUGAAAGAUUCAGCACCAAAGUUGUUUGAUUCAGCAGAAGAAAAGGCACAGUUAUUCAGAUACAGGUAUAUAUUGCUCCAUCAACGCACGGCUCGCCAUGAACUAUUUACACCUUCAGCUGUUGGAUCAAAUGAGACACAGAAAUUCACUUUAAGGCCUGUAGACUACUUCCUUAGCUCAAGCCGAAAAGUGGAUGAUGCUGUUGUAAUGGGCUUACUGACACAGCUGAAAGAAGGAAAGUAUUAUCUGGAAGAUACAACUGGAACUCUGCAGUUAGAUUUGUCUGAAACUAGAUAUCAUACUGGUUUACAUGUAGAAGGCUGCUUUGUGCUGGCAGAAGGUUGGUAUGAAGACAGAGUAUUUCAUGUAAAUGGCAUGGGGUUUCCACCACCAGAAUCUUCUAGAAUUAGCAGAGAUUAUUUUGGAAACAUGAACACAUUUGGAGGUCCUUCCAGCAAAAGUCUGAAGCUGUCAAAGAAGCUGCUUAAAAUAGAAGAGGAAAAUGAGGAUGCUACCAUUGUAUUUAUUGCUGAUGUUUGGCUAGACAAUGUUAAGGUAUUAGAAAAGCUUUCAACAUUAUUUCAGGGCUACUCAGAAUGUCCACCAGUGGCAUUUGUGCUGAUGGGCAAUUUCCUCUCAUCACAGCAUGGCAGUGCACAUGCUUAUCUCCUUAAGGAAAAAUUUAAAAUUCUAGGGGAUUUGAUUGUUCAGUUUCCUAAAUUAACAGCAAAUAGCAAAUUCAUAUUCAUUCCUGGCCCUGUUGAUCCUGCUUUUGCUAGCAUUCUUCCCAGACCACCAUUGCCAACUUUUGUCACAGAAGAGCUGAAAAAGAAACUUCCUUCAGCUAUCUUCAGCACAAGUCCUUGCCGAAUACAGUACUGCACCCAAGAAAUAGUAGUAAUACGGGAAGAUCUGGUGACUAAAAUGUGUCGGAAUACUAUUUAUUUUCCUACCUCUGGUGAUAUACCACAGCAUUUUGCAAAGACUAUAAUAAGCCAAGCACACCUAGCACCACUGCCACUGGCUGUAUGCCCUGUUUAUUGGGGAUUUGAUUAUGGGAUGCAGCUUUAUCCAUUACCUGAUCUAAUCGUAACUGCUGAUCAAUUCAACGCAUUCACCACAUCCUACUCUGGAUGCCAAGUGAUAAACCCAAGUUCUUUCCCAAGAAGCAAUUAUUCUUUUAAAGUGUACCUGCCAGCUUCACGCCAAAUAGAAGACAGUCAAAUUCCAAAUGACUGAUAAUAGUUGUUGUAUUGUUUGUAUAUUACAUAUAAUUACAAUAUUUAUCAUACAUAAAUGUCAUAAAGCUGUAAAUAUAUUUACAUAAUUUUAAAAGGUGACCUUUUUCUUUACAAAACACUAAUAUUUUGAUUUCAAGAAUUUCUAAAUAAUUUACACAGGUAUUUGGUAUUAAAAAAUAUCACUUCGUUGAUUGUGAUACGUAGUAUGUUACAAGUACUGUUACAUAAAUUACAAUUUUAACAACAAUAAAAGAAGACUCCACUCAAUGACUUCCAGGCAGCACUGCACCACUGUGAACAAUUAUAAUUGUUUUUUAGUAGAUAAACCUUCUGCACAUAAAAAUGAGCAGAGGUACUGAGUACACUCUCACAUGCAACAAUACUUGAUUUUAUACAUCCUUCACAUCAAAAGAUAAAAUUUAUGAAGCAUACUGAUUUGUUGGAUUCUGACUCACAACCUCUUAGCAUCAGUUGCUUGUGACCUGUCGACUAUGGUCUCCUGUCAAACAGAAUGAAAAUGUUAAUAACUGCAAAUUUUUACCGAAAACCAAUUAAAUAAAGAGCUUAACUUAC